GGGGCGGGACACGCGCGAACCUCCCAAUCUGGUUGGCCGCCGCCCCGCCCGCCCUCCCGCCCGCCCUAGCAACCGUUGCUAGGGGGCGUGGCUCGGCCUCGCGGAGCUGGAAGAUUCCCGCGGCUCAUGAAUAUUUGCAGAUUCAGAGAAGGCCCCGCCCCCGUUGCCUUGGCGCCCAGGCCCCUCAACCCCGCGGCCGGGAGAACAACCCCAAGUCGAAGAGAGCGCCUGGCGAAGGAGGGCGCCCGGGACCAAGCCCCCGAGGCUGGGGCACCGGGGCCGACCCCUCAGGUGCCGCCUGGGGCCACAUGCUGCCCUCUUGCCUAGAUGUUUGGCCCACGGUGGGAAAAAGCAGCCUCCAGCAGGCCCUGGCCCAGGUGGAUGACCUCCGACUGGUGAGCGUGCUGGAGCUGUGUGUCAACACCCACGAGAACAGCCUGGGGAACUUUGGGCUGCACCUGCCCAACCUCAGCCAGCUGAAGCUGAACGGCAGCUGCCUGGGCUCCCUGAGGUGAGUGUCCACCCCCCGCGGUGGUCACGGGGGAGGGCGUGCUGCCGGCCUGGGUGGGGUCCUGGGCAUCCCACUAUCGCCAGCUCCCGGCCCUAACGCCCACCCCGGUCACGUCGCCCACCCCUGGCCCGCUGGAGGCCCCGCUGAGGGUGACGCCAGCCACCCGGAGCCUGCAGUCAGGGUCAGGCUGGUUACACCAGGUUUUGUGGCUGACGAGGUCUCCAGGGACCUCCCUGUGGUGCCCGGAAGGCGCCCACUGACCUUUGGCAGAGGACCCCCAACCCGCGAGCCUGGGCGGCUCAUCACCGACCAGCUUCUGGAUUUGGGGCAUCCCCCCACCCCUCACCACAGCCCAGGGCUGUGUCCCCGUGCUGGUGGGGCCGUAGCUGGGGGUUGAGCCGGCCCCCAUCAGCGCAGCAAGACGAGCAGAGGAGCAUGGCCGCUACUGCCCAGCCGGACCUCAGGCCCCACGUGAAACACAACAGCAUCUUAAUAGCUUAAAAGACAAAAUGCAAAAAUCAGGACAGAUUAAGGUUUUUGCUUACUUCGUCGGGCUGGAAAGAACAAAGCUGAGGGACCUGGGCACCUCCCUGGGCCGCCUGCAGGUGCUGUGGCUGGCUCGCUGCGGCCUGGCUGACCUGGAUGGCAUCGGCUCCUUCCCGGCCCUGAAGGAGCUCUACCUUUCCUACAACGACGUCUCGGACCUGAGCCCGCUGUGCCUGCUUGAGCAGCUGGAGGUGCUGGACCUGGAGGGCAACUGUGUGCAGGACCCAGGGCAGCUGCGCUACCUGCAGCUGUGCCCGCAGCUGGCCACGCUCACCCUGGAGGGCAACCCGCUAUGCCUGUGGCCCGGCCCCGGCCCCGCCCACCAGGUGCCCCAGGGCUACAACUACCGGGCAGAGGUCAGGAAGCUCGUCCCCCAGCUGCAGGUCUUGGAUGAGCUGCCGGCCACACACACACGCCUGACGACCUCCCGGAAGCUGGACCACGACUGGCUCGUGGUGAAGGAGGCCAUCAAGGAGGGCAGCGUCCUGGACAGCCUGCUCCCCGGGCUGGGUUCUCCCCACGGAUCCCCCGUUUGGAGACGCAGCCCCGAGCUAUGCUCACCUGAGACCCAGCGCAGGGCCCCCAGGCCCUGGCCCCGCUCCCUGCUGGUCCCCGGGGGCCCCCUGCCUGCAGGCCUUCUUCCCCAGGGCCCAGCCCCAGAGGACGACGCCAGCAGCCUCACCCACGGUGCCGGCCGGGUCCUCUGUGGAAACCCCGCCAAAGGCCUGCAGGAGCGCCGGCACCAGUGCCAGGCUGGGGCGCACCCAGAGAGGCUGCCGCCUCCCGGGCCCGAAGACCUGGCCGCCCGGGCCUCCGCGCCAGGGCCUGACCCUGCAGACAGCCGCCACCUCCUGGCCUCGGCCAGCCUUCCGGCCUUGAGGGAGCUGCGCCUGCGUCCCCUCCCCAGUAGGUGCCUGGAGUCCCGGGAGGAGGUGGCUGCCGCCCCUGGGGGCCCACAGAGGGGCCCUGAGGAAGAGCAGGACGAGGCUGGGCCCACGACUCGCCCCCGCCCCCCGAGCCUGGCCCCAGAGCCUUCCAGGACCCUGGGCUACAACCUGACCCCCUCUCCUCCCAAGUCCCUCAUGCCAUCUGACAGGGGCAGCAGCUCCUGGGGGUCCACAGAUCUGCAGUUUCGGGGGCGUCACCUCAGAGCCCUGGGUAGUCUGGGGCCUGGCCUGGGUCAGGGGCUGGCUGCAGUGACUGCUCUGAGAGCCCUAGAGGUGGCCUCAGGCCCCAGCCCUCGAGCCGAAGGCUGUCCAGGCCCAAAGCCAGCACCAGAUCCAGCAGGCAGACCCCCAGCCUCCAGUGCAUGCCGCACCUGAACCUCAUCGCCCCAGCCCAGCCCCACCCCUAGUGUACACCACUACCCACUGCCAGGCUGGCCCGGGCGGUAGGCAAGGGCCCCAGGGCGAUCGUGGGAGCCCCCGUGUGAACUCUGGCCUCACAGAAGCCAGAGGACCUGGGCGGGUGUGUUGGGGGGUGGGAAUUGAGCCUGGUACAGGAGAGGACCCUCUUGGUAGAGGGAAGUUAGGAGUUGGGACCACCAAGGGUGGGAAGAGGGAAAGCCCAGAAGAGGAUGGUCCAACUCACCACCGCUGGCCCAGCUGCCCACCUCUUCCGUGUGGCCUGGCCUCCCCUGGAGGAGCAGGCCUGGAAGAGAGCAGACUGGGCCCAGGCCGAGGUGGCUGUAGCUGGGCCCUGGCCAUCCCCUGGCCAGCCCUCCAGCCGCCCCAGGGCUCUGAGCCACCCUUGGGUUGCCGUGGUCCCGAGCAGAGGCUUUUGCCCUAGGCCAACCAGGGUGCGACCACGCCUCCCAUCCCUGGUGGACUUGUGGGGUUCCCCGCGCGGGGAUGGGGUGGCCAGCUCCCUCCUCUUGGGGCCGGAUACCCGGAAACCAAGCGAAUCAUUUUCGACUCCCAGGUGUACAGAAAUGCGGUUUACUUGGUAGGCGGCGUUGGUUCAAUAAACUAUGCAGCUGGCA